AUGAAUUUUCUUCGUAGAACUUUAUUUAAAUCAAGUAGUUGCUAUAAUUUUUUGAAUGGAAAAGCUAACAACAUACAAAAUUCGUUUCAACUUGGUUUCCAUACAUCACCUGAAUCACCAAUACCAGAACAAAUACUAAGAACAUCGUUAUCAUAUAUUAAUCAAUAUGGAUGGACAAUUAAUACAUUAUCACAAGGAGCCAAAUCUUUAGGAUAUUCAUCAGUUGCACAUGGAUUAUUUCCAAGAGGGGGAGUAGAAUUGAUUGAUUUUUUCUUGGAGGAUAGUCGACAAAAAAUGAUUUGCGAAAUAAAGGAUAAGGUGAACGAAGAGGGUUUAAAAAUACCUCAGAAAAUUCGUUUGGCUUGUAUAACAAGAUUAAAUCUAACGAAACCUUACAUCAAGAAAUGGCCAGAGGCUCUUGCAAUUAUGUCACAACCAAAUAAUUUUUACAUGUCAUUUCUACAUCUUGCUAAAUUAGUUGAUGAUAUUUGGUAUCUCGCUGGUGACAAAAGUGCUGAUGUUUGUAUUUAUUAA